AUGAGUAAAGCUGGACUGAUUAAAAAAGUUGCCGUCAUUGGUGGGGGACCGGCGGGUCUGGUCGCUGUUCAAGACUCACUCAAGCAAAAGGAAUAUGGCUGGGAGGUUAUUGGGUUUGAAGCAAAAGAUAAAUUGGGAGGAGUGUGGAGCGAUGAACCUGGAUCUCGACUGGAUUCACCGGAUGUUUUCAGUUGUUUGAGAAAACUACCGGAAGAUGUGCCUGAAGGAGUGAGCGCUGAAGCUAUUUUCAAUUAUGGAUCACCGCUGGUGAAGGAUGGACAAGUGAGAGAUAUUAAGGCAUUAUUAGGAACUAGUUGUGAGUCACCGUUAAAGCUGGCCAAAAGCUCUACAGUACGAGAUGGAAUCAUCUUCUCUAAUAAAACCGGCGUUUAUGACGGAUUUUUCUCAAAUGUUCCUGGAGAAUUGAUGGUGUUGGAAUCAGAAAAAAGCGAAGCAGGGAAAUCUAAGUCGCCUGAAAUUGCACCAUUAGUUAAUCUCGAUCAAAUCCAUCAAAAUGUAAACGAAUUUGUGAAGAAGUACGAUCUCGAGCGGAGCUUUAGAACAUCGACAAGUGUGGAAUAUCUCGACAAGCUUUCUCCUGACAAAUGGUUUGUGAUUGCCAAGAGAUCGUUGCCUGGAUCAGCGCAUGAUGAGUGGUAUUUAGAAACAUUCGAUGCAGUAAUAAUCGCGAAUGGCCACUUUUCUGUUCCUUACGUCCCAUUUUACAUGAGCAAGCCCUCUGAGGAGGACUCUGGUAUUCACCGCUUUAAUCGAAAAUUCCCCGAAAUAAUGACACAUGUCCGAGACCUUGAUAUUUGGUACCACAGGACUCUGCCCCAUAUCAUCAGCGGAAAGAGUGCUGGGAAGCGUAAAGUGGUUAUAGUUGGUAAGAGCUUUAGUUGUAUGGACGUGCUGAAAAGACUUGUACCACUAAAAGAGAAAUUAGACGAUCUAGAAAUCAUUGUGUCGACUCAUGCACCACCUAUGCCUGAAAAUAUUGCCAAUCCAUUUUACUGGUUCGACCAAUGGUUGUCGAAGACUACUAAAGUGACCCUCAAGGGGCCCAUUAAAAGUUUUCUCUCGGACUCUAAGCCGGCGAUCAGUUUCACGGACAACACACAGAUAGAAGAGGUGUCUGCCAUUAUUUUUGCUACUGGAUACCUCUACAGUUUCCCUUUCAUGUCUGAGAAAUUGUCAGAAAGCUAUCGUAUAUUUGUGACUGAAGACUCAAGAAAUUACGAUCAUAGCCCUUCUCACAUAUCACGCGUUACUGGCCUUUACCUUCAUACUUUGUCUAUUGCUGACCCCACUCUGGGAUUUGUUGGCAUUUCCAGCAAUGCGAAUUUCCAAUCCUUCAGCAUUUCCUCAGAGCUCUUGAUGGGUGUGUGGACAAGCUUCAAUAAGCUCUUCAUCAAGGAUUCUCCAAAAGAUGGACCCAUCUACAACUCCAUCUGGUCUCAAGUACUGCCUUCGGUCAAGGAUCAGUUGGAGUGGACUCAAAACAGAUUCAAAAAGACUGGUAAUCUGGCUUCUUAUCAUUUCUACUACCCUCUUCCAUCGUUAAAAGAUGAAUGGUUAAAUUUUUGCAAACCGCUGUUCACUGAAGAAGACAAGAAACAGGAACUGUUCCCUCCUGAUGCUCCUAAAUUAUCGCAGGAAGGCAUAGAUGUACUACACCGCAAGUUCUUAGCUGCCAUGAGCCCAGAAUGA